AUGGCUAAUAAACUCGAAGACGACCCCUCUACCGCCGGCCUUGACCUUGAUAAUGACAACUACGUCUCCGCGGAGGACUCUGACUUUCAACUCGACGAGGAGGAGGCCGAAAUUGCAGGCGAUGACUCGAGCUUUUCUUCAGAGGAGGAGGGGGAUGGAGCGGAGGGUGGUAGACCGGCGAAAAAGCGGAAACUCGAUCCGUCUCACAGACAAAGACCUAGAAAGAGGAAAGCGCAUGAUGAGGGCGAUAUGGAAUUAGAUUCGGGCGAUGAAGCUACAAUUCUGAAAGCUAAAAACAAGAAGAAGAGGAAGGCGACGGCCGGAGAUGGAGAUCAAGAUGAAGAUAUCGAUGUCUUACUGUCUGAUACCGAGGAGGGAGGAGGAUUCGUCAAAACGCGGUCGAUGAGAAUGAAGAUGGAAGAAGAGCGAAAGCCCCUUGCCAGAACAGACGGUGCGACGAUUGAUGUCGACGAAUUAUGGGCUAAAAUGAAUGCCCCAGGUACAGAUUCGGGUCUAUUACAAAGUCAGAAGCGUUCGGUGACAGAAGAGCCAGACCAUGAGCAGCAGUCCGUAGAGCAUGACAAAGAGAAUAUUAUACAGGGAGAGGCUACGACACAAGGCAGACUACCUUCAGAAGACAUGAUCAAGAUCAAACGGACAUACAAGUUCGCAGGCGAGAUACACACGGAAGAGAAAAUGGUGCCUCGGGAUUCGGCCGAGGCCAAGCUUUAUCUCGCUGAAACAGCGGCCGAGAAGCCAGAGGACCUAGCAGAAGGAUUACACUCUGAAGCAAACAUUGUUAAACUACGUCGACCACUUCGAAAAGUGUCGCGAUUCGACCCCAACCCUACGGGGGUCAUUAAGAAAAGCUGGGAGAAACAACAAGUACGAGCCGUUUCAGGCGACGCAGAUGAACUCAAGGGACCGAAACUUAACACAGUUGAGAAAUCACGACUUGAUUGGGCGCAAUAUGUGGAUGAGACGGGCAUCAAAGACGAACUUAACGUGCACAGCAAAGCUAAGGAGGGUUAUAUGGGCCGAAUGGAUUUCUUGAACAGAGUAGACGCGAAGAGAGAAGAAGAGAGGAGGAACAUCCGACUCAAAGGCUUAUAA